AUGAAGUUCGCCGUGAUCGCCUCUGUGCUCGCAUUUGCCGGGCUUGCUGCAGCAUGCACACCGCCUUCGACCACCAACUGUGGCGGCAACGUGUACUCGAGCGACGACAUCAACACUGCCAUUCAGGCCGGUCUUGACGACGCCGCCUCCGGCGACCGUCCCGACAACUACCCCCACUCGUACUACGUGGAGGCAUCCGAGGGCAUCGAGCUUUGCUGCAGCAGCAGCGGGCCUUACAGCGAGUUCCCACUCGUGUACAAUGGUCCUUACUACUCGUCGAGCGACAACUACGUGUCGCCUGGGCCCGAUCGAGUGCUGUACGCUACAGAUUCUGGAGAGUACUGUGCUACGGUUACGGCUAGCCGCUGUCGAGACACAGAAUCGUUUGGGCAGGCGGUUGCAUUGUACGAACUUGCCGUACUCGAGAGCGGGCUGUAG